AUGCCUAGAUUACUUGAGUAUUACGGAUUGACUGAAAUAACAGGAGCACCAGGCACUGGAAGAACGGCUAUUGCUAUUGAAGAGUCAAAGACAUGCUCGACAAUUUACAUCACAACAAAGGCACUAUGCACAGAUAGAUACCACGGAUCAUCGCAUGAGCAGAUGGACCGGAUAAUCAUUAAGCGUGUUUCGACAAUUUCACAAUUACUUAUGUUUGUGACGAACUGCAUUGAGCAGCUUAUUGUUGAGAGAGGUGUUGAGCUUGUGAUAAUAGACAGCUUGGAUCAUCUUCUUGUAUCGGAAGAGCAAGGAAGCAUGGGACAUAGAUCGGUGUUUACAAUAAUGAACAGACUCAAAAGGAUGAAUCAGAAGUACUUUAUUGAUGUACUUGCAGUUACAUGCUACUAUGGUAAUUGGGUUGUUGAAAACUUUUGUAUAGAGAAUCCAGUGCUUGGGAUGCAAUGGGAAUAUAUGGUGAAUACAAAGUAUAUGUGCAUUAAAGAUCAUGAUGGACGAAUUCUCAAGCUAGUUAAGUCGCCUAUUCAAGAUCCACAUGACGUAGUUUUCGAGAUACAUGCAUCGAGCGUAGUUAUUAAAAAUAGAGUUAUAUAG